UUCGGGUUUAGUUUCAGGAAGAUGAGAGUGUUGGUGCUUCUGGCCGCAGUGGGCGCCACGUGCGCAGCGCCGGCCAUCGUCACGCCCGCCUCAGCCUCCGUGGUCGCCCCGCCCACCGCCGCCCACGUCGCCGUUCCCUACGUGCCGCCCGUCACUUACAUCGCGCGCCACCACGCCCAGGACGAGCUCGGGCGGGCCAGCUACGGCUACUCGUACCCGGGGCAGUUCCAGAGUGAGGAGCGCGACGCCCUCGGCAACGUCGCCGGCGCCUUCUCUUACGUGGACGCCGACGGCAAGACGGUCCUCGCGCAGUACACGGCGGGCGAGGGCGGCUUCAGGGUGAGGGCCAACCACCUCCCCGUGGCGGAGGCCCCGCCGCUCAAGGACACGCCCGAGGUCACGGCCGCCAAGCUGCAGUUCGUGGACCUGUUCAACGCCGCGGCCAUCGCCGCCGCCGAGGCUCCCGACGAAGGCGAGAGCGAAGUCGUUGCCGGCCUGGACGACCAAGGGCAUGUGGUCGUGGAAGUUCCGGCGCGGAGCCUCCCCAACCCCGUGAGGGACACGCCCGAGGUCACGGCCGCGAAGAUACAGUUCGUGGACCUGUUCAAACCGCGGGCCCUCGCCGGCCGAGGCUCCGACGAGGGCAACGGCGAGGGAGUCGUUGCGGUCUGGACGACCAAGGGCAUGUGGUGUGGAGUUCCGGCGCGGAGCAUCCCUAACCCCGUGAGGGACACGCCCGAGGUCACGGCCGCCAAGCUGCAGUUCGUGGACCUGUUCAACGCCGCGGCCAUCGCUGCCGCCGAAGCUCCCGACGAAGGCGAGAGCGAAGUCGUUGCCGGCCUGGACGACCAAGGGCAUGUGGUUGUGGAGGCUCGCACUGACCUCGGUCCGAAGGGGUCCUCCGACCCAGCCGCCAUUUCAGCCGACGCAGACACUGAAGGCAACGAAGGUGAAGUUGUGUCCGCGACGGCUGGCGAGUCCCUGGGCAAGGCGGCUGAUGCCGAGGCAGCAGCAACUGACGCGCAGCGCGCCGGGGUUCUGACGCUGGGUCUCCCCGAGCCCGUCAAGGACACCCCGGAGGUCACGGACGCCAAAAUCAAGUUCAUGAACUUGUACAACGCGGCGGCCAUCGCAGCGGCAGCCGCUCCCGAUGACGUUGCUGGCGACGCAGCGGCAACUGACAGCGCCGACUCCGUCGCCGACGCCCGCGAGGAAGCCAUAACCGAGGCGAGCGCCACGCCUCCCCCCCGCGGAGGCCGCGGAGGCCGUGACCGAGUUGGGCUCCGACGCCGAGGAGAACACGGAGGCCCCCGAGGCAGCGACGGCAGACGAAGCGGUUACGGAAAUCGCGCCCGUCGGGGAAUCGGUUCCUGAGGCGGAGGCGAGUGAGGGGAGUCACAAGGAUCUCGCUGAGGCCGCUGAAGCGAGCGAAGUGAAUCACAACGAAAUCUCUGAGGCCGCCGAGGUCGAAGGCGAAGCCGUGCCAGAAGACCCUCAGCCGGCGAACGAUGAAGGUGAUGCCGCGCCCGAGACUCCCGCCGCUGCCACGUCGGCGCAGGUCCUCUCGCCGACCCUGGUCGCCGAGGCGACGGAGAACGCCGUUCCCCCGUCGCAGCAGGGCGUCGUGUCCCCCAGAACGGGGCAGGACGCGCCCGUCUCGAAUAGCAUCGACCUCACUGGCCCCGAGGAGGACGCGGCCCCGCAGGUGGCCCUGGCCUCGCAGCUGGUGUUCUCCCCGCACGGCCACAACGCCCUCGGCCCCUGGUACAUCUUCGGCCUCGCUCGCGGCGCCCACGGCUCCCUCAUCCCACUGCUUUCCCAGCACCCCGUGGCCGACGCUCAGGGAGCAGCCCUCAGGCCGCUCUCCCACCACACACCUGUGGGCGCGUCCAGGUACGCCUUCCACUACGCCCCUCGCUUCGCCUCGCUCACCCCGCUUUGAAGGCCGGGUGUCGAGUGCGUCCGCCCACGCCGCCCGAGGAGGACUGACUAAAGAUCUUUGUUCCGGGUUCUGUAAGCUUUAUAGAAACCUCUUAAGUUCAAUUAAACUUGUUAUCAGCA